UUAAUAAUAUUAAUUAUAAUAUUUGUUUAGAUAUAGAUAUUUUUAACGUAAAAAAAAUUCAAAAUAGAAUAGUUUCAAAGUUCUAUUUAUAUUAGUGUAUCAUAACAAAUCUCUUGAUGCUUGAUAGUCAGUAGCUAUAUUUACCUGCAAAUUUAUAAUUAAAUUCAAUCUUUGUUAUUUCUUAUAAUUUUUAUUAAAAAUGUCAAAAGAUAUAAAUAAUUAUAUAUUUGAAACUCUAUUAGGACAAGGCACUUUUGGAUCCGUUUAUUUAGUGCGACGAAAGAAAGAUUCUAAACCAUUCGUAAUUAAAAAACAAAUUUUUGAUAAUGUAAAUGCAUUGCCUUUUAAGAACAUAUUAGAAGAAGUGAAAUGUUUAUAUACAUUAAGACAUCCUAAUAUAAUAGUCUAUCAUGGAGCUUGGAUAGAAGAUAAUCACUGUUAUAUUCUUAUGGAAUAUGCAACACGAUGCACUUUGAAGGAUUUAUUAAUAACACAUGAGACAUCACUCAAAGAGGAAGAUGCAUUAUAUUUAUUUUCUCAAAUUGUUCUUGGAGUUCACCAUAUUCAUUCUAAAAAGAUUCUUCAUAGAGAUUUAAAACCAGAAAAUAUUAUGUUGACUGGUAGUCGUGGUGAUAUCAUUAAAAUCGGAGAUUUUGGUGUGUCGAAGAGUUUGAAAGAAUUAAAAAAUCCAUCAAUUAUUUCUUGCGCUGGAUCAUUUUGUUAUAUGGCUCCAGAAAUGUUGAAAGGUGAAUCUUAUGAUUUUAAAUGCGACAUAUGGAGCAUGGGUAUUAUUCUUUAUGAAAUGAUUACGAAAAAGCAUCCAUUUUCCGCUACGACUUUAACAGAAAUUAUGAAAAAGAUUUGUGAAGAAAAACCACGACCUCUUCCUAAAGGAACAUCAUCAUCUGUUAUUAGUCUCAUAUCAAAAAUGUUGAGAAAACAAUCAUUUUAUCGUCCAAAAACAAAUCAAUUAGUCUUGAGUCCGUAUCUAGUACCUUUCAUUAUUCGAAUAUAUUUAAAUUUAGGACGUGUUUUGAAUAUUGCUAACAAGGAUAAUGAAAAUUUUAAUCCUGAAAUAUUUUUAAAAUUUUUGAAAGCUCAAUUUAAUAGAAUUGUUCAAGAGACGGUUAUCGAACUCGGUUUCUCUAUACUAGGAUCAAAAGCGUAACGACAGGAAGCAAAGACCGGAACUGCGGAAUACUCGUUUCAUUUCAUCACAUGUACCUUUUGAAAACUGUUCAGUUCGUUUUUAGUUAGAGGAAUAUCAUACUUCUGCGUAUAUAAAUUCAAUAAAUGUGUUGUUAACUUUUGAUCAAAAAAAUCAAAAAAAAAUAAUUGAAGUUGAGAAUCAAUUUCUCAAGCAAUUUAAAGAACGAAAUUUCAUAUUUUC